UCAUUUUGUCACAGAAGAAACUUAACGCGCAUAAGAAAAGUCGGCUUUCUUGAAAGAUUAACACGCAGAUAAAUUAGUCCAACUAUGGAGCCAAAUGUCUGAACCUGAUCGCAUGGUUCGUAUUUGAAGCCAAAAUUGUAGUUCGACAUAUAAAUUGUCAUCACCUCUUCCCUCUUCCCGCUUUGUCCGUGUUUCUGCGACUCAUCACCUUUGUUUGAUUCUAAACCUCAUUUCUAAACUUGAGAAGAACUUCCUCUAUGAAUCGGUCAUAGGUGGUGCUCCCCACUACCGAGUUGAACCAUUAUAGUUCCACUGGCCCGAUUCAGGGCCUUUUCUUCCUUCCUUUUGAUUGAAAUAUCUAGGGUUUCGUUUUUUCAAAUUGAGCGCUGAUUGCUGAGAUCAGAUGGCGAGGGUUUACGACAACUGGGAGAGGCUGGUGCGAGCCACCUUGAAGAGAGAACAGAUACGAAAUGCUGGUCAAGGGCACGAGCGCGUGUCGAGCGGCCUUGCCGGUGCGGUCCCGCCCUCACUUGGUCGGGCCAAUAUCAACGCCAUCCUUCAGGCUGCUGAUGAGAUUCAAGACGAAAAUCCAAAUGUUGCACGGAUAUUAUGUGAGCAGGCGUAUAGCAUGGCACAAGAUUUGGAUCCAAAUAGUGAUGGCAGAGGAGUCCUUCAGUUCAAGACUGGUUUGAUGUCUGUAAUUAAGCAAAAACUUGCUAAAAGAGAUGGGGCCCCGAUAGAUCGCAAUCGUGAUAUUGAACGUCUUUGGGACUUCUAUCUAGCUUAUAAAAAACGCCAUAAAGUGGAUGAUAUCCAACAAUACGAGCAGAGAUUAAGGGAAUCUGGAGCCUUUUCUGCAAAUAUUGAACAGAUCUUAGAGAUGAGGAAGGUAUUCACUACUUUGAGGGCCUUAGUUGAGGUCAUGGAGGCCCUUAGUAAAGAUGCAGAUCCUGAUCGAGUUGGAAGGCUUAUUAAAGAGGAGACGCAGUACCCACUAAUCUUUGCUAUAUCCCGAGACAAGAACAUGCUUAUUAACAAGGCUUUUGAUGAUGAAAAUGGAAGUGACUGGAAUAUUGUGGUUAAUAGGAAUCUGCAAGACUUGGAAGUGGAAGAAUAUGAAAAUCUGUUGCAAUUUUUGUCACCAUCCGGCUCAACAACGAUGAGGAUAAGUUAA